AUGUCGCUAAUACAGCUGUCGCGACUGAUCGACUUACCCGACUCGGACCUACAACAAGUCAUUGAAUACGCCCAGACGCUCUCCAAGCCGGAAGCAGCAGAGCACUUCAAAAACCUACUGGGCGACUCGCCACAAGCAAUUGAGUUCAUCUCGAGCUUCAACUCGCGCCGCAAAGACCCCAAAGCUCCAGCGGCAUCAUCCUCAUCAUCCGUGUCUCAGUCGCAAAGCUACGCAAGUGCAAGUGGAAUCGAUGCCGUUCCCAAGCCCCAGCGUACAACGAAGCAGAAGAAGCAGCGCGCGCUACACACCCCAGCCCCGCGACAAGUCGUCAAUAUCGGGCCCACUCCUGGCACUACAUACAGCAAGAAGAACGUUGAGGACGAUUACAUCUCGACUCGGUCCUCAUCCGGCGCCGCUAGCCCUGCUCCAAGACCUGGAGGGUCCAGGCAGCCCCCGGUCAAAUCUGCGACUCCUCCACCGCCAAAGCCACCGCCGUCUGCUGCUGGGUCGCUCAUAUCCGAUUUACUUCCAGUCCCGAAGCAGCAAAAAUCAAAAUCGACACCAGGCAGCCGGUCGUCAACGCCCGGGCCGGCUUCCAAGGGAGGAAAUGCCACCAAGGUGUCUAUAGCUGGCGGGACGCCUAUGCACGGCGCAUCAACAGCCGUCGCCGACCUUGAUGCUGCGAUACGUGCGCUCGAGAUCAGCACCAAUCCUACCAAGGCAGGCAACAGUACCACUGAUGAUAUUGAGGCUCGGCGGUGCAACUGCGUCGCCACGAGGCAUCCGCUUCAGGGCGCGGCGCCAAACUGCCUUAGCUGCGGGAAAGUCAUUUGCUUGAAGGAGGGACUUGGGCCGUGCACUUUCUGCGGCACGCCGUUGCUGUCGUCACGGGAGGUGCAGGCCAUGAUUAGGGAACUGAGGGAUGAGCUGGGCAAGGAGAAGCAGGCAGCGAACCGGGCGGCCAAUAAAAAAGCCGAGGUAUCGACCACUCCACGGCCAUUUUCAAAGCCAAGGGAGGCAUUUGGCCCGCGGCCUGGUGAGGACCCUUCGGCGGCAAUAUCAGCCGCCGAGGCAAAAGCAAGGGAGCAUCGCGAUAAGCUACUCAACUUCCAGGCCCAAAACGCACGACGGACGACGGUUCGUGAUGAGGCCAGCGAUUUUGAUGUUACAAUGACGGGCAGCAUGUGGGCAAGUCCUGAAGACCGAGCCAAGGAGCUCAAGAGACAGCAGAAACUGAUGCGUGAGAUGGAAUGGAAUGCUCGACCCGACUAUGAGAAGCGCAAGCAGGUUCUCAGUAUCGAUUUGGUCGGCGGCAAAAUCGUCAAGAAGAUGGUUGCUGCAGAGAGACCACCAAGUCCAGACCCUUCAGAAGAUGCCUCUGCUGCUCAGGAUUUUUCAGCGUUGGGAGAGACUGAUGGGAAUAGGGUCUCUGGGGGAGGAGCCUUCAGUAAGAAUCCUCUGUUGCAGGGCCUGAUUAAGCCAGUUUAUGAUCUCAAAGGCAAGGGUGCAGAACUGGAAGGAAGAAAAGAUAGGAAAUCCCGUUGGAGAAGGGUCCAAGAUGACCUCGACGAUAACGAGAAUGUUAUUUUGGAUGGAGGAAUUCAUGGUGGCUCAACAGUGGCAGCUUCAACUAGGGAUGAGCCAAACUGCGGAUAG